GUUGGCAGGCGUGCGCCAAUGUUUGUGUGCUCGCGCGUCUACCCGGCAUCCCACCACUAAGACAGCUCAAUGUUUUUGUUUAUUUAGGUUAGGCUUGGAAAAAUAAGAAGUGCACAAUGAGUUACGAGUCAUCCACCAGUUCAGCGCUUCCUGAUGGGGAGACACGGACAAAUCUCAUCAUUAAUUACCUACCACAGACACUCACGGACCAAGAGUUUUACAAGAUAUUUGUUGUUGUAGGACCCAUUAAAAACUGCCGCAUUAUGAAGGACUUAAAGCAGACUGGCUAUUCGUUCGGAUUUGGCUUUGUGGAGUAUCAGAAGCCAGAAGAUGCUGCCAAAGCCAUUCUGCAGUUGAAUAAUCUACCAGUGCAGCACAAACGCAUCAAGGUGUCCUAUGCACGGCCGCCGGGUGAAGAUAUAAAGGAAACUAACCUGUAUAUUCAGAAUAUUCCCAGAUCAUACACACUAGAUCAACUAGAGGAGUUGUUUGCAGUGUACGGCCAAAUUGUUCAGAAAAACCUACUAAAGGAUAAAGUGACAGGACUUCCACGAGGUGUUGGUUUUGUCAGGUUUGACAAGAAAUCUCAAGCGGAAGCAGCAAUUGUGGGCAUGAAUGGUGUGGUGCCCGAGGGUGGUACAGAGCCCCUAGUGGUUAAGGUUGCAGAAGAACACGGUAAAAUGAAAGCAGCUUACUACGCUGGUUAUCACGCAGGGCUUAGUAACACGAGAGGUGGAACCAGUGGUCGUGGGCGUGGCAACUACAACAACCGUGGAGCUGCUGGUUACCAGGGGCGUGGGAACUACAAUAACAUGCUUGGCAGCACCAACCCUAAUGUGACUUCGCUUGUCAGUGUUCUGAGAGCCACACCUCUACUGAAAUCUGACCCCGACAUGCCUGAUUUUAAUCGUCAGUACCAGCAGGGCGGCAAGAUGGCCGCAGACCGAACCGCCAAUCGCUAUAACCCCAUUGGCAGUGGUGGCGGCUAUGCUGGUGGUUAUGGCGGUGGUGGAAGCGGUGCAGACUAUACCAACCACGCGGCUGGCCAACAAUCCUCAUUCUACAGCUUCUCCACACCAUCAUUCAGUGGAGGGAACUACACCUCAUUCUCUGGCAUGAGUAAUAAUAACUCUGGCAGUAACAGUGGUUACGCUCGGUACUGAGACCGGCCCGUGUGUAUGUUUUGAGUGACAAAACCAGGCUACUUGCAGGAGCUUAAAAAAUACACAAUGCAAUCGACCUAUUCCAGUGGGAUUUUUGUAGAUGAAAAGGAAAAUAAACAGAGCUAUUAACCUGUUACAGUGGUUUAAAGCAAAGUAUUUUUUUUUUCUUUUUCUGUUUUCUUUUCUGUGAUAGUGAAUUCUACCCAAAACAUUGAUCUUGUAAUUUUUCCUUCAUAUAAAUAGUGGCAUUACUUCUAAACCUUCCAAGCGAGGGCACUGACUGCUGCAAUGUUAGUCAAGAAGUUAUGUUCAUCCUUCAGAAUAUUCAGGCUUCAUUGUCAUUGAGAAAAUGUGCUAUGCAUUUUAAAUGCUUAGAUCUCUGGUGUAGUCGUCUUCGAAGUUGUCUAACUGCACUUUUUGAAUUUUCAGCUCUGUUUUUUUAUCUGGUAGAAGCAGGAAGUCUAUUCAUUGUUUAUUUUUUCAUUUUUGGGUGUUGAAAUUGAAGAAAAAAAAUAUUGCUUUUCAGCAAUUGUCACUCAAAUAAUUUUUUCUUUUUCCUUUUUGUGAAUUCUGGUGAGUAAUGCCUUGGCCAGAUCUUGGUUUUAGUACCAAGGUUUUUCUUUUUCAUAUCUUGUAUACUUGUUUGUUUAUGUAUUUUGGUAAAUAUAUAUUAACCAACGAAAUGUCAGAAGAGUGUGUUUUUCAUUAAGUAUUUUAUUAUACUACUGUGGAUUUCCCUGCAGCAGACAAGUGAUGCUGCUGUAGCUAGAUGUCAUUUAUUAUGGUUAUUAUACUGUAGUCUUAUUCAUAUAUCCUAUAAUUACAUAAUUGAUGGUUUCAUAUAUCUUUUUCCAUAUGUGUUCUUUGAUGCUUGGAAAAAUGGUUUUUUUUUUUUGGUACAGUAAGGCGUUGUUUUAAGUUUUUCAUUGAAAUGUUGACCUCAGAUGUUUUGUUUAUCAUGUUGUAUUAUUGGUCGGUAGCCACCAUACCUGAACAUACUGUAAUAUUUUUUUUUACUUCUUUUUUUUUCCCUCAUGAAAACUCUACAAAUGUUUUGUACAGUGCAACAUUAUUUUUGCUCACACUGUAAUAAGUUUCUUGACAGAUAUAUUUAAUAAAGUGAAACUAUCA